CGCCCACAAGAAAACAUUUUUUUCGCAUUGCCGAAUCUCACCAGAAAAGAAAAAAGAAAAAGGAAAGGGAAAACUGAAAUCCGUCAAGCUUUCUUCACUCCCAAAACCCUUAUUCAAUAGAAUAAGAUUUUCACAAAUCUUGUACACUCAUCCAGCUUACAUGCACAGAGCGAUUCUAAGAUUUUAAUCAAACUUAGGGUUAGGGUUUUGAAAGAAAGGGAACCAAAAAAAAACGAUAAUCAAAAUCCCGCGGUGGACGAUGAAGAUUACUUGCUAGAUGUGAAUAAACCCUAAUAAACGGAAAUGGAAGAGGAAAAAUUGGACUUUGUAGGGAUAGAGAGCUCAGAGAAAUGCGAGGCGAUUCCGGAAUUUGGUGAAUCGACUUUAACAGUCGGUGGAGAUAGAGACCCUUCGCCGGAGAAUAAGCCGGACGCCGACGAAAAAGGAGAGGGUAUUUUGGUAAAUCACGCGGAGGAGCAAGGGUCGGAAUUUAUUGCGGAGGGUCUGACGGAUAUGGUUGAGCAGUCGGUGGUAGCAGAGGAAGGUGGCUGUGAAAUAACUGCUGCCCAAAUUGAGGAGCUCCCAAUCGAAAUGGAAGCUGAAGAAGAAGCAAAGAUUGAUGAAGCUGAAGAAGAAGCAGAGAUUGAUGCCGAGGGUGUGGCAGCUGUUACUGAUACAGAGCCACUGUUUUCUGAAACCCAAGUGAUAAGUGGAGGGUAUGAAUUGGGAGUUGACCCCGAGCUCAAAAUGAAAGAUGAUGAAGAAUUUUCACCAGUAGUUGACACCAAGAUAGAAAUGGUUGUUACUGAUUCCGAGUCGAAAAUGGAUUAUAGAGAGGAUGAAAUGCUGGCGGACCCACAAAUUGGAUUGGAAGCCGAGCAAGAAUUUACACCUGCGGUCGACUCCAUAGUGGAGGGGGUUGUUACUGAUGUAAGUGAUGCACAUAAUUUGGCGGACCCACAAAUUGGAUCGGAGGCCGAGCAAGAAUUUACACCUGCGGUCGACCCCAUAGUGGAGGGGGUUGUUACUGAUGUAAGUGAUGCACAUAAUUUGGCGGACCCACAAAUUGUAUCGGAGGCCGAGCAAGAAUUUACACCUGCGGUCGACCCCAUAGUGGAGGGGGUUGUUACUGAUGCAAGUGAUGCACAUAAUUUUUCCGAGUUGCAAGUGGACUCGAAUGUGGAUGAAUUGCAUGCAACAGUAGAGGGAAUAGAGGCAGAGGACUAUAAAUCGGAAGGGGAUAUGGAUGAGGGAGAGAAUGUUAAGGCAGUGGGAGGAUUGGACAAUGAAUCCGCAGACAGUUUGAUCGAAGCUAAUACAGAGACAGUGGUGAAGGAUGAUGAAAUCAAAGAUGAUGAAGUCGAUGAACCAAAGGUUGAUUUUGUCGAAAAUGAUUCGGAGGUCGGGGCUGCUGAAAAACCUGCAGACGUUGAAGAGGAAAAAGUUGACUUUAUUAAUGAGGAGAUGCCAAUCACCGAAGUUAAAAGGGAGACAGAGGCAACGACUGAAAUUAAUACAUUUAUAGGUAACACCACUGAACAAGAGCAGGUUAACGAAUCAACUGGAGUUAAGGAAUUUGUUAGUUGUGACGUGAGUUAUGAUCAUGCUGUGGAUAAAGAGGUGGCUGUUGAGGAGAGUUUGAUGUCAAGUAAUUCCGAGUUGGAUGAAUCUCUGACUGUGGCAGAAAAUGAGGAUACAAUAGUUAAAGAAGAACCUUCUUCGGGGGAUAUUAAAACAGAAACAGAGGCGUUAGAGGAAUUAGAGUCGACAAGGAAGGUUGUAGUGGAGGAGGAGAUUCAGUUGGAAGGUCAUGAAGUAGAAACCGAAAUGGAAUCUGAGGUGAUGGCUGAUCGAAUUCCAGACGACGAGGAUGGCAAAAUGGAGACUGAGGAACAAAUGGGAUCUGAGGUGAUGGCUGAUCAAAUUCCAGACGAUGAGGAUGGCAAAAUGGAGACCGAGGAACAAAUGGGAUCGGAGGUGAUGGCUGAUGAAAUCCAAGACGAUGAUGGCAAAAUGGAGACUGAGGAAACAACAAGUGACGUGGAUGAGACUGGUCAAGACAUUUAUGAUUCACCAGCUGCUCUGCAAGAUGAGGAAGAUGACACAAUGGCUGCUGAGGAAGAUGACACAAUGCCUGCUGAGGAAGAUGCAGGCGCACAUGAUACUGAAAUAGAGACUGAAACAGAUAUUGCCGAAGCAGAGAAAACAUCUGGAGGGAAGCGUAAGAGAAACAAGUUAUCAAAAAGUACACCAAUUUCUAAGGCCACACCAAAAGCUUCAUCGAGGAAGACGGUGGGAGAGGAUGUUUGUUUCAUUUGCUUUGACGGUGGGGAACUCGUGUUAUGUGACCGUAGAGGUUGCCCUAAGGCCUAUCAUCCUUCGUGUGUCAAUCGAGAUGAAGCAUUUUUCAAAUCUAAGGGUCGCUGGAACUGCGGUUGGCAUUUAUGUAGCAUUUGCGAGAAAAAUGCGCGCUACAUGUGUUAUACAUGUACUUUCUCCUUAUGCAAGAGUUGCACCAAAGAUGCGGUUAUCUUAUGUAUCCAAGGAAAUAAAGGUUUUUGUGAAACCUGCAUGAGAACUGUUAUGCUGAUUGAGAGCAAUGAACAGGGAGACAAAGAUGAUCAAAUAGAUUUUGAUGACAAAAGUAGUUGGGAGUUUCUCUUCAAGGAUUAUUAUACAGAAUUAAAAGCUAAGCUCUCACUUUCAUCAGAUGAUAUUGCACAGGCUAAAAAUCCGUGGAAGGGAGCGGACAUGUCUGGUCCCAGCAAACAAGAAUCAUCUGAAGCACAAGCUGAUGGUAAUGAUGGAGGAUCUGGUUCGGAAGAUUCUAUUGAGAAAUUAGAAACUGUCAGACCUAAAAGAAGAAAGAUAAGGAAACAAUCAAAAUCUCGCUCAAAAGGAGAGGGUUCAGUCAGUACCAGUACUGCAGCUGGAGACAAAGCUAAUAAUUUAUCUGACAACUCUGAGUGGGCAUCAAAGGAGCUACUUGAAUUUGUUUCACACAUGAAAGAUGGUGACACGUCCAUACUUUCCCAGUUUGAUGUGCAAGCUCUUUUGCUCGAGUAUAUCCAAAGAAACAAGCUACGCGAUCCUCGUAAGAAAAGUCAAAUUGUUUGUGAUGGAAGGCUUGAAAAUUUAUUUGGGAAAUCUCGAGUAGGACAUUUUGAAAUGUUAAAACUUCUUGAAUCCCAUUUCUUCGUUAGAGAUGAACAUAAUGAUGAUUUGCAAGGGAGUGUUGUUGACACUGAAAAUAGCCUGUUAGAUAUUGAUGGCAGUGGUGAACCCCUGACCAAGGGUGUGAAAGAUAAGAAACGUAAACCACGGAGAAAAGGUGACAGUCGGGGGCCUCAGUCUAACCUUGAUGAUUAUGCAGCUAUAGACAUGCACAAUAUUGGUUUAAUUUACUUACGUAGAAAGUUGAUUGAGGACCUACUUGAAGACGACGAGACAUUCCAUGAUAAAGCUGUAGGAACUUUUGUACGAAUAAGGAUAUCUGGUAGUACCCAAAAGCAAGACAUGUACAGAUUAGUUCAAGUUGUAGGCACAAGCAAAGCACCAGAGCCGUACAAAAUUGGCAAAAAGAGUACUGAUACUAUGGUGGAGAUACUAAACCUAGACAAAACUGAGAUCAUAUCAAUUGAUACAAUCUCAAAUCAAGAGUUCACAGAGGAGGAAUGCACGCGUCUUCGCCAGAGUAUAAAGUGUAGACUUCUCAGCCCGCUGACUGUGGGUGAGAUUCUUGACAAGACCACGGAAAUACAGACAGCUAGAGUCAAUGAUUGGCUGGAAGCAGAGGUUCUACGGCUUAGUCAUCUCCGUGAUCGUGCAAGUGAUUUAGGCCGUCGGAAGGAGCUUAGAGAAUGUGUCGAGAAAUUACAGCUUUUAAAGACCCCAGAAGAGCGUCGGCGUAGACUAGAGGAAACUCCCAAAAUUCACUCCGAUCCUAAGAUGGAUCCAAGUUACGAAUCCGAAGACAACAGUGAAAACGAAAAUAAUAGACGAGAGGCUUUCAUGAGAUCUAGAGGUUCUGGUUUUAGCAGGAGAGGAAGAGGCCCAAUCUCCCCUGGAAGUGAACAUUCCGUUAAAGAUUCUUGGAGCAGCCCAGGAAACAUUACUAAUAAAAAUUCGGAAUUGAGUAGAGCUUCACCUGGCAAUAACUUCUCUGUCAACGCUAGUCAUAUUAGCGAAAUAGCAAAUGAAAAUUCUUGGAAUUUAGAAAGAGAAAAGGAGAAACAAGAAUCCAACUAUUCAGAAAAGCUGAACGCCCCUACUUAUCCCGAAUCAUAUGGCGGUGUUACAUCAGUUAUCUCACAAGCAUCUCUGUCAUCUGCGGUACUGGAAACUGCUGCUGUCAAGAUAAACGAGUCGGAAAAGAUGUGGCAUUAUAAAGAUCCCUCUGGCAAAGUGCAAGGACCCUUUUCUAUGGUGCAGUUGCGCAAAUGGAACAACACUGGUUAUUUUCCUACUGGCCUACAAAUCUGGAGAAACACAGAUAAUCAAGACAACUCCGUACUUCUUGCCGAUGCAUUGGCUGGCAAAUUUCCUAUACCAUCGGCGACAGCUGGCAAUAUAAUAUCUCAAGCAGAUAAAUUGGCCGGUCAUUCUGGUAAAACAUCCGGAACAUUCUUGAACCAAGAUAAUCAAAAUUCCGGGCCCCGCUCGAAAACUUCUGCUGAAAAGUGGGCUGUGAAUGAUAUGACAAACAUGCCUUCUCCUACACCCACACAAAGGGGCCAUCUCAUCAAUGGAGCUGUUCCAUCUCCUAUAAUCGGGACCCACUCUUCUACUCCAGCAUCGGUUUUGAGUGCUAUUAUCGAAACUGCUACUUUUAGUCCAACGCCAAACUCACAAUUGGGUGGUUCUUCUGCAGUUUCUCGACAUAGUCACUCAACUACGGUUACUGAACAACAUGAAGUUCCCAUGCAAGGUAGUAAUCAUCAGCCACCUCAGAAUAUGAUUAUGAGUCAGAAUCUUCAAACAGAUACUACUACUACUCAAGGCUGGGGGCAGUCUGGACAAGUACAGGCUUACAAUUGGGGCACACCAUCGAACGUUCAGAAUCCUUCCGGAAGUUUCCAGAACUCAGGUUCGACGGUUGGGAUUCAACAAGAUAUGUGGAGACCUACUCAGGGUAGUGUACCGAAUAUGAUCCCUCCUACUCAGGGUAGUGUACCGAAUAUGAUCCCUCCUACGACGCCAAAUGCAUCUAUUGGAGUGAGGCCUGAAAAUCCCAACAUGGGGUGGGGCGGUACAAAUACGAUGCAAGCUAAUCCAAACAUGGGGUGGGUGAAUCCAGCACCAGUAAAUGCAAACGCAAACUGGAUGCCAGCCAUGCAAGUGCCGGUGCCUCAACCUGGCAGCUAUGUUGCUCCUCCUGCAGGAAAUGCUGCAGCUGCUAACAUUCAAGGGUGGGGGGCCCCAGCUCAAGGGUGGGGGGCCCCACCAGUUCAAGGAGGGCCGGUACCUGGGAAUGGAUGGGCGCCGCCUGGUGGAAAUGUGGGGCCGCCGCCCCCUCCUGCGGUUAACCAAGGUUGGGGUGGACCACAGGCUGGUAACCAGGGUUCGUGGGGUGGUGAACAAAUGCCUAGUGGUGGUCAGUUUAUGGGGGGCCAAAGGGGGCCUUGGAAUAGGCAGUCGUCUUUUGGUGGUGGUGGUGGUGGAGGUGGAGGUUCUAGAAGUAAAAGGGACACACUUUGUCCGUUUAAUUUGAAUGGGAGAUGUAAGAAGGGGUCACGGUGUGAUUAUAUGCAUAGUUGAGUUGGAGAUUUGUAGCUCCUCUUUGCUCCAUAGAUGUUACAGACUUUUAUUUCAUAAUUUGACUUUAGUUUUUUUCAGUCUAGGCAUUUGAAAUCUGGAAAAAAAAUGAAAAUCUUUGCACUUUGGCGGCUGUUUCUUUCGACCUAUAUGCAAUUUUGCUUCAUAUUAUUGCGUUGCAGAUUUCGUGUUUA